AUGUUUCGAAUAGUUGAGAACGUGUUCAUCUAUUUUUCCCUCAUUUUCAUAAACUCGCAAAUAUCCUUGAGCGAACCUUUACCACCGCCGCCGGCGCUGAUGCUUUACAGUCCUGGAGAGCCGGAGUACACGGAUAUUCUGGUUAAGAGGGUGCUGGACAAUCUAACACUGAUAUGUGAGCUACGUGGCGACAGUUCCCCGAGAGUGUACGUGUGGAACUACGUUGGAAAUGGCACUGCAAAUGAAAGGCCAUUCACUGUGGAACCGAGUGGGCCGAGCAACUCGAGUCAGCUGCAACGACUGGGACUGCGGAUUGGUGACAGCGGCCACUAUAUGUGUUCAGCGCCGCCCUUCAGUGUCACCAAGUAUGUCCUCGUGCAACCCAAGGGACCAAAGAUGUGCGCUCGAGGCGCGUUCGCGUGCGAGUCGCGGUGUGUGCUCGCAAGCUACGUGUGCGACGGGCGCCGCGACUGCUUGCGUGCGGAGGACGAGGCGCCUGCGCUCUGCUCGCCGCGGCCCUGCGCGCGUAGCGACAAGCUGAACUGUUCCUCGGGCCGCUGUAUCUCGGAGGCUGCGUGCUGCCGUGCGGGCGAGCCACUGUGCCGCCAGCCCGACUGCUGCGACGAGCACCCGCGCUUCUCCAGGCUCGAAGGCUAUGUGGAGAUGGAGUACCCGCCACUGUUCGAGGAUCGUCACGCACCUGACGACUACGGCUUCAUACAGUCCACAAUCUACACUGUCACCGGUCAGCAAGACAACACUUUUAUUUCGUGCGCGCUGAUCUUCAUGAUCGCGGUGGUGCUUCUGGUGUCGGCCAUCUGCAAGAUGCAUAUGAAGCGAGCGGCGCUGAGAGGAUACGCGCAUGCAGAGCGUGCCACCGCACACCACUACUCCGCGCACUACGCACAGGCGGCACGCUUUCCGCCAUGCUAUGAGGCGUCGAGGCUGCUGGAGCAGAGUCGUGAUGCACCACCCAGCCCGGCGAGGGAACCACAGGCCGCGAGCGCAGAGAGCCCGUGCGCGGAGGGCGGCGACGGAGCGGGCUCCACGCCGCCCGAGGGCUUCGGUCUCGCCCGACUCUCCGCCAUUUUCUCCUCGCGCUACCGACAGGUGCCAACCCAGUGCUGUGACGUCGAAAUGACAGACGUCCGUUCCUCUUCGCUCAACAACUCACCUCUUCGGACUCGAACUCAGCUCACGGACUACCGUAGCCCCACCUACUGUGACCUCGCCCACAUGCACCUCAGCGAAGAGAACGCUCCCGAGCUCAACUACAUGGCAACACCCGUAGAGUUCUUCCGGAGAAGAGCUCUAAGGCGAAACACGUUGGAAAGGGUAAUCGACCACAUCAACCAAGCCCAGAGACCUCUCACACUUCAACUAGGUAGGUUCCAACUCAGCAUACCUAGGUUUGGCCGCAGAUCGUCAACGGAACCCCGCCCCGAUACUCCAAACGUAGCCGAAAUUAACAUCGAAGAUCUCGAUUUCGUCCGUCUCAACUCCAAUGAGACUUAUACACUGAAUGGGAGGACUAUCCGUCUAUUGGGUGGUAACUUUGAAAACUACCCGGUGGUCUCUGAUACAACAGUCCGGCCACCUCCUUAUACAGAGGCAAUGAGGUACAAAGUAUACGGGCCCCCACCGGAGUACUUGAGUAGGGAGGGACUGAAUAGGGACACUAACAACAGUAACAAUGUUAAUGUUGACGAAGAAGCCAGGAACAAUAUUGAAAUGCCUCCAUGCUAUGAAGAUUUGGCCUCCGGUGUUGAUGCCAACGCUAACUUAAAUAAUGAUAACACAGCAUCCACACACAGUAGAGCUGAGAACAUUGAAACCGCAAAUAACUGUGAUAAUCCAGAAAUUCGUUCAAAUGUUCUGAAUAAUGGUAAUGUGGGAGAAGGUACCGAUCAAAGUUCGGGAAAUGUAGCGGAAACUUUUAGCUCUGUAAUUGACAACCUGCCGGCUAUUGAUAGUGAUGUCAAUGCAAAUGAGACUCUGGUUCAAGUUAAUGAAUAA